GUGAUACAUACAGCGGUGAAUGUGGAAUGUGUUUAUAGGCAGGUUGGCUGGUAGGCCUGAGCUUGUGUAGCCAGACUUGGACGUGGACAGCGGACGGUGAUGCUAUGUUGUCUCGCUCAUCGGAAAUGGCACCUUGGCCAAUGAAUCUUAUCAACGACCAAGAUCCUUGCUUUCUUCCAUGAAGUUCCAUCAUCGCGUACAUCCUCGUGUCCACCUUCCUUUCAAUUGCCACCUGCGUGUGGCAUCUUCUGGGCAUUACCGCGACCGGAGGUUGUUUUGGUUUCUUCGUCGCUGGUUUGGACGGCGCUGUCUUUGGAGGUGUAUUGAUGCACAGUCCCAGUGACUCUUUGUCCAUCCCCAAUGUUCCGCAACCAAUCCUUGAUCAUUUCGCCCAACUGUUCGGUCUGCUCGAUAAUGCAGCCAAUGUUGUGCCAAGUCCUUCCGGCCUUUCUCCUCUCAUUGUCCUCCGCCAAAGCUUUAUUCUUCUCUAUCAAGUCGAGAGUCUUGACCUGGAUUCUACGGGCCGAGGCAAUGAAGUCUUCUGCAGUCUCCUGUCAGGCUAUUGUUAG